AUGAUCGCGGCAAUGAAGAAGUCGCUUUCUGGGCCCGACAUUGUAUUUUCGAGCAGUGGCAGAGACUACCAGACAGUUGACAUUGAGGGCCAGGGGUCGCCGCUCGCAAAGCGGCACACUACGCCCUCGCCGCUGCUCCCCCAGGCAGCCGGCGCCUUCAGCACCGGCGGCCCCGGCGGUCUGCACUCCGCACGAGAGCGGCGCAACAAGGGCCUAGCCGCGGCGGCCGGCGUCAGCUAUGUAAUCAGCAGCGCGGCGCUGAUACUACUGAAUAAGAAGGUUCUGGUGCACUACUCCUUCAGCUCCGUCCAUUCCCUACUGUUCUACCAUUGCCUCCUGGCGGUCCUGCUCGCGCGAGUCAUCGCCCUGCUGGGGCUCGGGCGCAUCGAGCCGCUGACGUGGCAGGGCGUGGGCAUGGUGUCGAUCCUGAAGAACCUCUCAAACGUUUUCAUCAUUGCAGGGGAUUACUGGUACUUCCGCAGGUCUUAUUCCUGGCAGGUGUACGCGUGCCUGGCCCUCAUGAUCGCGUCAGUCAUGACGGGCGGCGCCACGGACGCCCAAUUCUCGGCCUCUGGCUACGCAUGGCAGCUCGCCAACUGCGUGUUCAGCGCGGCUUACGCCCUCUACCUGUCAAAGGUCACCGAGCGCCUCACGAGCGGCCCCCAGCUGCCCCCCAUCCACGGCGCCGGCGGCGCCGGCGGCGCGACCCCCGGCCCCGGCGGCCCCGGCGGCGGCCGCGUGAACGAGCUGUCCAUGUCGUUUUACAACAACCUCCUCAGCCUGCCGCUGGCCUUCGGCCUGAUGCUGCUAUCCGGCGAGCUCUCCUCGUUCUGGCGGGAACCCGCGCUGUCCCGGCCCAGCUUUGCUGCAUAUGCGACGCUCGGCGGCGCGUUCGGCUAUGCUAUAAGCUUCACUUCGAUCUGGUACGUCACAGUCACGACGGCGACGCUUUAUUCGCUGACCGGGUCAAUGAACAAGGUGCUGGUGGCGGUACUCGGCAUAUGGAUGUUCAACGAGUCGACAGCGCCCCAGAAUCUGGCGAGCAUCGGGAUCGGGCUGGCGGCGGGCGGGCUGCUGCCGUACAUCAAGAUGCGGCAGGCGGGCGGGCACGGCCACGGCCACGGCCACGGGCGCGGCGGGGCGGGGGACGGCGGCGGGAAGAGCAGCAGCGCGGGCGGCGGCGGCGGCGGCGGGUUGUGA